AUGGAUGUCCAUGCGCCCGACAACCUCACACAGAUGCGGAUGAUUCACUAUAUGGCUUCUGAGAGUGCGGACGGUACUUGGCGAGCGGGAAGCCACACAGAUAUUGGCUGCCUUACUCUACUGUUCCAGCGAGAUGGAGAGGAUGGACUGGAAAUCUGCCCAGGUCGAGAGAGCCACAACGACCACGGCAUCGGAGACGUCUUCACGCCGUUGCCGGCAGAGACUGGCCCGAUUGUCGUAAACAUUGGCGAUAUGCUCAUGGCCUGGUCUGAUGAUCGUUUGAAGGCAAAUUUCCACCGCGUGCGAGCGAAAGACGUGGGAAAGAGCCCAGACCGAUACUCUAUUGCCUAUUUUAACACUGGCCGGGACAAGGUCGUUAUGCAGGGGCCAUUGAAAAAGUAG